CUGGCGCCGGACCGGUGUCGACAUCCGCCCGCCGUGAUGUACUCGUCUCUCUGGAGUUUGAGGUGACAGGUUGACACGGAAAGUGUGCCAUGAUGACUUGGAAUGGUUGGUGGUUGUGCGUGGCGGCGGUGAGCCAGUGUGUGGUGGGACUGAUUAUUGUGAUGGUGGCAGUGCCACUGGUGGUGCCAGUGCUGGCGGUGCUGUGGGUGUGGCGGUGUGUGGUGAUGAUGGUGGUGCAAGGCAUCCACGGAGGUGGCGUCUACGCCGCGUCGGGGAUGGAUGCGCUGUUCGCCCUGGAUUCGACAGGUGCGCGGGCGGCGAUCUGCGGAGUCGCGGUGCUGCGCGGACAGGUAAGCGUCGCUACGGUCAGGAAUCGCCUAGCUGCGCGGAUUACGGAGGUUCAGGACACCCGCGGACGCUUCGUACACGCAAAGUUCCGCCAAGUGGUGGAGAAGCGGUGCGGUGUGGUGGUGUGGCUACCGGAGACGAACUUCCACAUUAACAACCACGUGAGGGAGCUGCACCAGCGACUCCUCGACGACGAGGACGACAUGCUGAGGGAAAUGAGCGCCAGAGUCAACCUGCCAUUCGUGCCCGGACAGUCUAAGUGGGAAGUGCUGGUGGCGCCACUGAGGAACCCUGCCACUGACAAGUGCUGCGAGUGGACACACACGGCUGUUAUCGUCAGGUUCCACCACACCCUAGGAGACGGCCGGUCUGUAAUGAGGCUGAUAUCAACUCUGGUUGAUCCUCCACCAUCGGAUAUCCUGCCUCAUCCUGCCACCAGCUCCUGCAGCAGGGCAUCCCGCGCUGCACACCUGCUGUGGUCGCUGACCCACGUGCCCUGGGUGCUGCUCAGGCUGCUGAAGAGAACUGACGCCUCAGCCCUCCACGGCCCCAGGCUUUCCGGGACUAAAUUCCUCGUCUGGUCUCCGCCUCUCUCUCUCGCGGCACUCAAAACUGGACGAGCUCUCGCCGGCGUCUCCGUCAACGACCUCCUCCUGGCGGGCCUGGCAGCGGCACUCUGCAGGUACUUCACGGAGGAGGCGAGGGAGGUGCACCCCCAGGUGAUCACCGUGGUACCUGUGGACCUAACUCCUCCUGGUACCCCGCUCGUCCUCACCAACCACUUCUCCUUGUGCACCGUACCGCUGCCCACCUGUGCGAUGAGCAAAAGGAGUCGCCUGAUGACGGUCCACCGACGCCUGGAGGUACUCAAGCAUUCCCCGGACGUCAUGGUUAACUUCCUGGUACUGGAUCUGGUGGCUAACCUCCUCCCGGCGCCGCUGGCCCGUCGGGCCCUGGCUACCCACGGGGUCACUAUGGUGGCCUCCAAUAUGCCCGGUCCUUCGAACCAGAUCCAGAUGUUUGGGGAGGUUGUUGAAGACUUAAUGUUUUGGAUUCCUAACAAAAGCAGAACAGGUCUCGGGGUAUCCAUGCUGAGCUAUCGGGGCUCCGUCCGCUUGGGGCUCAACGUGGACUCAGCGCUCAUACCUUCCAAGACUCUGGCUAGUCAGCUGAUGGAACACACAACAGCCGAAGUCAGCGCCAUCCUGGCGGAGCUGGCGAACUCUGAGAUCAAGUCAGAGGAGAUUCAUCUCCCUGAAGGUGGAGAAAGCUACAGCAGCAUCAGCAUCGGCGGGAUAUCGGAGGUGGUGGCGACGCACAGCACGGACGAGUACGAUGACGACGGAGCUGGCGUCGGGUCCUUCAGCUACUUCGAAAUGCGCGGCAGUUCCGACAGAAGGACGAUUGACAACUCAGUCACGUCCUUUGAAAACGAAGUCCUCUGUCCUUCCGAAGACCAAUACUUAUUAGGAAGAGUUUCGCGAAGCAGCGCGUCUCGCUCGCCAAGGAGCGACUUGGAAUUAGAAAAGGCUUUCCACGAAAUCAAACGUCACAAGUUUGAGCUGAGUGACAUACACCUGGAAAUCUCAGACGAUAAUCAGAUUGAAGACAGAUGAGACGAGUUUCAAGUAACCAAAAACAGCCCCCCAAAGCAAAACAUAUUUUAAGAAUAUAUUCUUGUACGACAAUUUUGACAAUUUAAGAGGUAAGCAACCAUGGCAAUGACCCCUAAACACUAUGAAGACAAUACAAAGAUAAAACGGAAGAAAAGGAGGUGGAAUCGAGGUCUGUUUAAACUGCUUAAUAACGGUAUAAUAAUGGAGUCAAAUUGACCAGACCACACACUAGA